AUGACGUCGGUGCUGGAUGUGAACCCCACGGUGCGGGGGAUCAGACCCUCCGCCUCCAUGACCCUGGCCGCUCAGGCUGCACGCAUCACAGAGCAGAUGGUGCAGGGGGUGAAGAAACCCUUUAAGAAGGUGAUCGAUGUCAGCUCUGGGGAUCAGCAUGCAGCAGGCCUGAACCCCAUCACCUUUCUUCAUCAGGUUCUGGCCGUCUGUGUGUACCCUGAGCUCCUCCAUGAGGACAGCCUUCCUCUGGACGUCAGACAAAGGGCGCAAAGGCUUCUGGAUAGCUGUAAUGGAGGAAGUGUGGGUUCAUACUGUCCGACUCCCCCUGGAAUAUCAUAUGUGAAGAAAAGCAUAGCAGAUUUUAUCACAAGGCGAGACGGUGGAGUGAGUUCCGAUCCAGAGAACAUCAUCAUCAGCAGAGGAUCUCAGAGCUGUUUGUUGUUUGUUUUGCACAUUAUGGCCAGUGGGACUGGGACCACUCGUACAGGUGUGUUGACCCCCGUGCCCUACCCACACACCCUGCCCAGGCUCCUGGAUGUGUGCGAGCUGGUUCUGGAGCCCUACCAGCUGAUGGAAGACCGAGGCUGGGCUGUAGACCUGGACGAGCUGCGCCGAGCUUUAAAGGCUGCUAGGGGGCGCUGCAAACCUACAGCCUUAUUCAUCAGCAACCCAGGAAUCCCCACAGGUCAUGUUCAAGGCAGGGAAUCAAUAGAAGAAGUGAUUGGAUUUGCUGCAGCUGAGGGCCUCGUUCUGUUGGUUCAAGAGGCAUACCAAGACAGCGUCUGUGGACAUGGAAGGGAGUUUAUUUCUUAUAAGAAGGUGCUGUCAGAGAUGGACGAAGAAUACUCAGACACCGUAGAGUUGAUCUCUUUCAACUCGUUGUCCAACGGCAGCUUAAGCGAGGGUGGUUUGAGAGGAGGCUAUAUGGAAAUGAUUAACAUGGACCCUGUAGUAGGUAAAUACUUAAAAAAUAUACAGGGUGCUUCCUCUAGUCCAGUUUUAGGACAGCUUGCUCUGGAGGUCAUGGUGAACCCACCCAGGCCUGGUGAUGCUUCCUAUGAAACCUACACACAGGAGAUUUCCCUCACUUACACCACUGUAUCCCAGAAUGCGCAGCGGGCCUGUGAGGUCCUGAACAGUCUAACGGGGAUGAGCUGUCAGCCCGCGAUGGGCGGAGUCUUCCUUUAUCCCCGCCUGAAUUUACCACCUCAGAUGAUAGACGAGGCCAAGGUAUUGGGUGUGGAGGCAGAUGUGCUGUACUGCCAGAUGUUACUGGAGGAGGAAGGUGUGUGUUUGGGAGCGGGAUCUGAGAACAGACCACAUGAUAACAACUACCACAUCAGACUGUGUGUUUCAGCUCCUACUAACAUCCUGGAUGAAGUCCUGGAACGCAUCUCUUCUUUUCAUCGGCGCCUGCUGAACAGAUUUCCAGUCAAAUGA